GCGGCUGCUCCGGCAGCGGCCGGGGCGGCUCGCGGUGGGUUCGUGAAGGAACCGGGCAAGGGCAGGAGCCCCGGAAGAAGAUUUCUGGAGGGGUACUUCCGGUUCCGGUGUCCUCCGGCCAACGCCUCCGCCCGGGGCCGGAUCCGGAGAGCGGUCCCUUCCCAACCUUGCGGGGAGGGGACACCGUGGGGGCGGCUAGGGAGAGAAGGAGGCGGGGGUAGCGUGAGGAGUAAGGAGGUAAUUCAUCCAGAAUCUUUUAAACUGGUAACACAUUAAGCAAUUUGCAGAAACAUUCUCUGUGAUGCUUGAACAAGAAAACUAAGGCUAGCCAAGAAUACAAAACUGGAGGAUACCCAGAUCUGGAAUUUACAUUUACAGUAUGAUCUUCUACUUAUGUAGGUCAAAUUACUUGAAGGAUUUUCCAAAAUGUCCGAAAGAUCAGAUAUCCUUCACUUCAAGUUUGACAAUUAUGGAGAUUCAAUGUUACAAAAAAUGAACAAACUGAGGGAAGAAAAUAAGUUUUGUGAUGUCAUAGUUCACAUAGACAAUGUUGAGGUUCAUGGGCAUAAAAUUGUGUUUGCUGCAGGCUCCCCCUUUUUAAGAGAUCAGUUUUUGUUGAAUGACUCCAAAGAGGUUAAAAUCUCCAUUCUGCAGAGUUCAGAAGUGGGGAGGCAGUUGCUUUUGUCCUGCUACAGUGGCAUUCUGGAGUUUCCUGAGAUGGAGCUGGUAAAUUACUUGACUGCUGCAAGCUUUCUUCAGAUGAGCCACAUUGUGGAACGAUGUACACAGGCUCUCUGGAAGUUUAUAAAACCUAAGAAGCCAUUGGAGAGCAAGGAGGAUUGUGAGCAGCAAAGCGAUUCUUCUGAGUUGAAAGAACACCAAGGAGAUGAGGAUACUCUGCAACAGGAUUCGCUAUGUAUUCAAACCUCAGAAGACAGUAUGGACAUGGAAGAUAGUGACAUUCAGAUUGUCAAGGUGGAGUCUAUUGGGGAGGUAUCUGAGAUUAGAAAUAAAAAAGAUCAAACCCAGUUUAUUUCUUCUGAGCAAACUGCUUUACAUUCAUCAGAGCCUCAGCACUUUUUAAUCAAUUCCACUGUAGAAAACAGAACGAGUGAAAUAGAACAAAAUCAUCUCCACAACUAUGCUCUUUCUUAUGCUGGCAGUGACAAUUUCAUCAUGGCCUCUAAAGACAUGUUUGGUCCUAACAACAGAGGUAUAGACAAAGGUCUCCAAUGGCACCACCAGUGUCCCAAGUGUACCAGAGUAUUCCGGCACCUGGAAAACUAUGCUAAUCAUUUAAAAAUGCAUAAACUGUUCAUGUGUCUGCUGUGUGGUAAGACGUUCACUCAGAAAGGGAAUCUCCACCGACACAUGAGAGUGCAUGCAGGAAUCAAACCUUUUCAGUGUAAGAUCUGUGGGAAAACUUUCUCUCAGAAAUGUUCUUUACAGGACCAUCUCAAUCUGCACAGUGGAGACAAGCCUCAUAAAUGUAACUAUUGUGACAUGGUCUUUGCACAUAAACCUGUUCUGAGGAAACACCUUAAACAGUUACAUGGAAAAAAUAGUUUUGACAAUGCCAAUGAAAGAAAUGUUCAAGAUAUAACAGUGGACUUUGAUUCUUUCAGCUGUAGCACUGCUACAGACAGUAAGGUCUGUCAGCAAGCUGAUGCAAGCCAGAUACUGGAUGCAGGGAAAUUGGCUCAGGCUGUGCUUAAUUUAAGGAGUGAUAGCACCUGUGUCAGUUAAGCAUUCCAAGCAGCCCUUUGUAGGCAUUGUGAAGAAAGGAACAAAAGAUUGGAUUUGGGCCUUCACCAAAGCAGAUGGUAUGCCCUGAAAGGUUGUGUAUAGAUUGAAUUACAAAACCUAGCAAGUUGUCAGCCUUCAUUCUAGUCUUGUCAUUUUCUGUGACUAAUAAUCCUCAUACAGGGUUUCUGUCUGUGUCCCUACUGGUGAGCAUGGGGUUAAAUUUUGGAUUUAUUACAUUUCGGUUCAUUUAAUCUGAUUUGGAGACAUGGGACUGUCACCUUUUGAAGAACUCUUGCUGUGGGCAGUCAUCAAUUAAACUAUGUGCUGUACAUUUAAGGGCCUGUGUAUGUCUGGGCAGAUAGAAGAAACAACAGAGAAGAUGAGUCUAUGAGAUAAAACCUGACUUUUUCAAAAAGCACUGGAUGACUGAGAGUUAUGUAGUUAAACUGCUAAUUUAUCUGUUAAAACAUCACUUAUUUGCCUUCCAAUCUUACCCAAAUCCCUAAAGUUAAAAUUAAAUACUUUUUUUCCAUGUGUCACUUUUUUGUCCCUUUUAAACUAUGUAAUUGAAUUUUCUCUGCUAAUCAGCCCUACCCCAACCAAUAGCAACUUUCAAGAUUAUUAACAUGGAUGUAUGUUUAUAAAGAGCUAAAGCCCUGAAUGAUCUAGGUGGCUCAGGUAGAUUACAUGGUACUGUUUGUAAAGAAAAUAAAUUUUUAGAAUCUGAGGCUGA